AUGCCAACCACACUCCCAGACCAUGCCAGCCCUGGCCGCAACGAUGCUCGUCUCAACGAAACAACUAGAUCUUUAGCUGAAGCUAAAGGCCUCGAAGCUACCGUCGAAGAUCCUGAUACCAAAGCAAAGAUGAGCGAAGUUAAUGACCAUGGCGAAGAUGAGGAGAUGGCGACUGAGUUUAAAAGCUUGUCGAUUUUGCCAGACCAAGCUGAAGACAUGGGUGUCCCUAAUUCGGAAACCGCUAAGGCUGCUGCCGCCGCCGCGAAGACGAAGGCAAUGAACAAGCGCAAGAAGGAGAAUAACAGAAGAAACAAAGCAGAGGCGAAGCGCAAGAUUGAAGAACAGACUCACAACCAGAAGGUCGACGAGAUGGUUGAGGAGAUGGUCAUUCAAACCACCCUAAAGAAGCAAGUCACGGCAGCAAAAUCCACAUCCAUAUGCUCCCCUGAAGGAUUGCAGCUUCCACGUCAGAUACAUGGCGAUAUGGGUAACAAUGGUCUAUAUCAACAAGAUUUCUUUGGAGUUCAAAACUUUCUGAGUGGAUUAUCCGAUAGAGAGAAGCUUUCCAUCUCUGCUUUGGACUCCGACACAAAUUACUCCGCGGAGAAGGAGGCUGAGUAUGAGACGUAUGGCGUGUCUCGUGAUGAGGUGUUCGAGCCUGAAGAGGAUGUCGUUCAUAGCUCUAUAUCAGAUAAUGAUUUGACGAGUAUUGCAUUGAUCGUUAAGCCUGCCGCUGGAAAAGGUGUUGGAAUAUUCGCCACUCGCAACAUCAAGAAGGGUGAAGAGAUCUUCAGAGAGGCUCCCCUUCUUGUUGCCAAAGAAGGGGAACAAGAAUGGAUCCAGACUGAAGCUUCAUUCAAUGUGCUAUCUGGUGAGAAGAAGACGGCAAUCAUGGCCCUCGCGAUGGAGUGUUGCUGCAAGCGCCACCCUCUUCCAUGCAUCGAGACAUCUCUCAUGAAGAUCUGGAAAAUAAACAGCUUUCACGACCAUCUGAAGGGCGAGAAAGGAGAGUGCUUGUACGAAGUAGCCUCACGCUUGAACCAUUCCUGCGUUCCUAAUUCUAGCUGCGGAUUCGCCAAGGGUAGUGUAAUCGUCUUCUUGGCUAUUAGGGACAUCAGAAAGGGCACCGAGAUCACCCAUGACUAA